AACAGCCGAAGAAUCAGGAACCCCGACGGGCCGUCCCCGAGCGCUCGGCAGUCGGGAUGUUCUCCAAGAAACCGCACGGUGAUGUGCGGAAAUCCACCCAGAAGGUGCUGGAUACCCGCAAGGACCCACUAACCCGGCUGAAGCACCUGCGCGUGGUUAUUGAGAAUUCAGAAUCUAUUGACCUUAAGCAGUUUUUUGAAUUACAUUUUUCACACAUAUAUUAUGUGUUUUUUGAAAAUUUUGUGACUAUUGAAAUAAGUCUGAAACAGAAAGGUCACAAAUCUCAAAGGGAAGAACUAGAUGCUAUACUUUUUAUUUUUGAGAAAAUUUUACAACUUCUUCCAGAAAGAAUUCACCAGAGAUGGCAAUUUCACAGUAUUGGCUUAAUUUUAAAGAAAUUACUUCACACAGGGAAUUCUUUAAAGAUUCGUCGCGAAGGUGUCCGUCUAUUCCUCUUAUGGUUGCAAGCACUUCAAAAUAAUUGUAGUAAAGAACAGUUGUGUAUGUUUUCUUGUUUAAUUCCUGGAUUUCCACCACCACAGUCUGAACAUGGUCCUCAGACACUAGAUAUUCUCAUAAAUCCUGUGCUAAAUGUACAAGAAACACAAGUGACUGUAGAAGAAAUUACUCCACUUGUCCCUCCACAGUCAGGAGAUAAAGGACAGGAUGAUCUGACAAGCUAUUUUUUAGAAGCACUUUUAAAAUACUUAGUAAUUCAGGUCAAAAGUCUGGAAUGGAAGAACAGAGAAAAUCAAGAAAAGGGAUUUUCAUUCUUAUUUUCACAUUUUAAGAAAUAUUACUUGCCUUAUAUUUUCCCAAAUAUGUGUAAGGAAAACAGCUUGUAUAACCCAGUACUCGAUAUGCCUCAGAUGAGACCAAAGCCACAUUAUAUAAUCAUGAAGAAAGAUACUGAAACAAAUGAAACAGUGUAUUGCACAAAGGAACCUUUCCUUAAAGCUCGCGUUAUUGUCAUCAGAUGGUUGGUGUCUUUCUGGCUUGAGCCAAAACCUCUUGCAGGACCUCAGAUUCCUGGAAUGGAAGGGGAAAUUGUGCCAAAGAAUAUUCAGAGGGCAGCUGCUACUUUGGCGUCCAGAGAAGACAGCAGAAGUGACGCCACUGAAAGAUCUGAUAGAAAUCCAGAAACUGAACAAUCUCAUUCUAACACAAGCACACUGACUGAAAGAGAACCUAGUUCCUCCAGCCUUUGCAGUAUUGAUGAGGAGCAUCUUACAGACAUUGAAAUAGUCCGAAAAGUUUUUUCUUCUAAAAGGAGUAAUGUUAACUUUCUCACAGAAAUAUUUCGUCAGGCAUUUUUAUUGCCAAUAUGUGAAGCAGCAGCCAUGAGGAAAGUGGUUAAAGUAUAUCAAGAAUGGAUACAACAGGAAGAAAAGCCGUUAUUCAUGAAAGAACCAGAAGAAAUUGUUUCAUCUUUGAACAUAAACAGUGAUGAAAAUAUUGCAGAACAUAAUGCAUUAGAGAAAGAAAGAGAGGAGGAAAAUACAGGUAGUUCCUGUCCUAUUCGAAAUUCAAACUGGACAAGAAAUGGUUGUUAUCAGGAAGUUCCCUAUAAAACAUCUGAGUUAGACAACCUGGAACAAGGUAUACGAGCUGGAAUACAAGCAGUACUACAAGUGUUUAUAACAAAUUCCUCAAAUAUAUUUCUUCUUGAGCCAGCAAAUGAGAUUAAAAGUUUGUUAGAUGAGCAUACAGAUAUGUGUAAACGCAUUCUUAAUAUCUACCGCUACAUGGUGGUACAAGUGACAAUGGACAAGAAAACUUGGGAACAGAUGCUGCUUGUGCUGCUCCGAGUAACAGAAUCAGUAUUGAAAAUACCAUCUCAAAUUUUUCUACAGUAUCAAGGAAGAAAGAAUUUGACUUUAGCAGGAAGACUUGCUGGCCCUCUUUUUCAGACUCUUAUUGUAGCUUGGAUCAAAGCAAAUUUAAAUGUGUACAUUUCCCGAGAACUUUGGGAUGACCUUUUAGCAGUAUUGUCAUCACUGACAUAUUGGGAAGAGUUGGCCACAGAGUGGUCAUUAACUAUGGAAACUCUGACAAAAGUAUUGGCUAGAAACCUAUACAGCCUGGACCUCAGUGAUCUACCACUCGAUAAAUUAAGUGAGCAGAAACAAAAAAAGCAUAAGGGCAAAGGUAUUGGACAUGAGUUUCAAAAAACCUCUGUGGACAAAUCAUUUUCGAAAGGCUGGAGCCGUGAUCAACCUGGGCAGGCCCCAAUGAGACAACGCAGCGCAACAACUACGGGAUCUCCAGGAACAGAAAAGGCCAGAAGCAUAGUGCGACAGAAAACAGUUGACAUGGAUGAUACUCAAAUCCUCCCACGUCCACCUCGCAUCAGACAUUUUUCACAGAGCGAAGAAACUCCUAGUGAAGUUUUUGAUGCACUGAACGAGGAGCAGCCACUUCCAAGAAGUAGCAGCACAUCUGAUAUACUGGAACCAUUCACUGUUGAGCGAGUCAAAGGUGCAGUUCCUGUCAUUGACGGUUCAUCCCAUCAUGCUCCAAGCUUACAGAGUUCCACAGAGGCCUCUUCAAUAUGUAAAUCCACUGAAAGUCACAUUACCGAUACAAAUAGCAGAGAGUCCUCUCUGGAAGUUGGGGAUAGUAUUUAUGAUCAUCUUUGUCAGUUGGUAGGCCCAGUAGAACUUGCAGAUGCAGCCUUUGAACAAAACGAGUAUGUUGACCUUGAAGGUGAAGAUGAUCUUCUUUCAUCUCUGAGAGAAUAUCUUAAAGAAAAAGAAGAAUUUUUCAGUAGCAUUGAGAUAGAUAAGUAUGAGUCUUCUCCUCAUGAAUUUGUUGCAGGAAUAAGUAGGAGUGAUAAUUUGCCAUUGGAUGAAGGAGAGUGUACAGACCAGACUGUUGCAAGUAAUACUAUUGUUGCAGAAAAUACCAAUAAUACAGAACUACAAUUGGAACAAAAUCAAACUGGCUUUAUAAGUAAUAUUGCACCUACACAAGUAGAUACUUCUACAAGAAACCAAGCUGAUAAUGCUAAACAAUUAAAUAUUGAUAAACACACUCAAAAUCUGCUUGAUCCCGGGUCAAGUACUAUUGACAAAGAAAGGAAGAGAUAUUUGUACAGACAAAUUGCCACUGAUGUAGAUGUAUCUGUGGAAACAGUGUUAGCUGAAAAACAUAAGAGUGCCCUCUUUAAUGAAAAAAUAACCAACACAAGUGUUAUGCAUGCAAAGAAAAUGCCACAUAAAGCCAUAGUUAACCCUGAAAUGCUUCAACUUACAGGCAUGAGCAAAGUGACACCAACUAAGAGAAGUAUAUCUGAAACAGUAACUCAUAAGGCUAAAAUCAUGAAAAUAGCAACUAAAAAGCGAAACAGUGUCCAUGUCACUUUUAGGCCUUCUACUGAAUCUGUUCAGUUUUAUAAUCCUCUAGAAAACAAAGAGGCCCCAUGGAAAGCAAGACUGCGUAAACUCAGUGGUUUCAGUAGUGGGAUCAAUAGCAGCAGCAGCAAUACAAGUACAAGUACCAGCUCAUCCUCUGGGGCUGUGCUGGUCAGACCUGGAAUCUAUAGGCAUCUAGAUGCAGUCAGUCCAACAUCUGCUAAUAGCAAGCAGAAUAAAGAAUCAGGAGAUGUUCCAGCAUUCACGCUGCAGAAGGAAAGUGUUGGAAUAAAUCAAAUGUCUAAUCGUAGCCCACCUAAACCAUCAAGUCAGGAGUCGGGACAACAGCAGGGCUCCCUGGGUGGUGUGUAUAAAUCUGUUGUACAUGCUCUUUCGAAGCCGAAGGCAAAUGUUUCCCCACAGAGGCAGAGCAGAGUGCCAGCAGAGGCUCCACUGAGGGAUCUGUACAGUCAUGUAAUGGGCUAUUUUGGAAAGAAAGCUGCAGCCAAUAGGGAAGAUAUGAACCAAAAGCAGAUCUCUCUUGGUAAUGAUAAUGGCAGUAGUAAUGCAAAUAUUCCUGACCUCAUGGAUGAGUUUAUAGCUGAAAGACUACGCAGUGGUAGCUCUUUGAAUGUGGCAAGAAGAGGAAGCAGUCCAGGAAGCUUAGAAGUACCAAAAGAUCUUCCUGAUAUACUGAACAAGCAGAAUCAAAUGCGUCCUGUUGAUGAUCCUGGUGUACCUUCUGAAUGGACGUCUCCUGCCAGUGCAGGCAGCAGUGACCUUGUCAGUUCUGACAGCCACUCUGAUUCCUUCAGUGCAUUCCAGUAUGAUGGCCAUAAAUUUGAAAAUUUCAGUUUAUGUCCUGAAGGUGGCACAACAACUUCUGCUGAAUCUGAUAUAGGUUCCGGCCCUCAGCAGAGUGCUGAAGAACAAGAAGUAGCUAGUUUGACUACCCUCCACAUUGAUUCUGAGACCAGCAGUCUCAAUCAACAAGCACUGUCUGCUGAAGCAGCUACGAUUACAGGUUCCGAAAGUGCUUCACCAGUUCAGUCUGCUCUUGGAUCACGGUCCCAGACUCCAUCACCUGCUACUUUGAGUGCAGAUCACAAUGAACAAAAGGACCUGCAAUUGGAUGAGAAGCUCCACCACUCUGUUUUACAGACACCGGAUGAUCUAGAAACCAGUGAUUUUCCAUCUGAAUGUUGCAGUGUGAUGGCAGGAGGAACCCUGACUGGCUGGCAUGCAGAUGUAGCUACUGUAAUGUGGAGACGGAUGCUAGGAAUUUUAGGAGAUGUCAAUUGCAUAAUGGACCCUGAAAUACAUGCUCAGGUUUUUGAUUACCUUUGUGAACUGUGGCAAAAUCUUGCUAAGAUUAGAGAUAAUCUUGGAAUUUCAAUUGAUAAUAUGAUAUCACCAUCUCCACCAGUCUUAAUUCCUCCAUUGAGAAUACUUACUCCAUGGCUUUUUAAGGCAACCAUGUUGAGUGACAAGUACAAACAAGGCAAAUUGCAUGCUUAUAAGCUCAUUUGUAAUACAAUGAAACGAAGACAAGAUGUUUCUCCAAACAGGGACUUUUUAACUCAUUUUUACAAUAUAAUGCAUUGUGGACUGCUUCACGUUGAUCAGGACAUUGUUAAUACAAUCAUAAAGCACUGUUCUCCACAGUUUUUUUCCCUUGGUUUGCCUGGUGCUACCAUGCUGAUAAUGGAUUUCAUUGUAGCUGCUGGCAGAGUAGCAGCAUCAUCUUUUCUCAAUGCUCCAAGAGUAGAAGCACAAGUUCUGUUAGGCUCUCUGGUGUGUUUUCCCAAUUUAUAUUGUGAAUUACCAGCAUUACACCCAAACACUCCUGAUAUUGUUGUGUCUCAGUUUACAGAAGUAAAGGAACUGGUUAUCAAAACAAUAUUAAGCUCUGCAAAAGAGGAGCCAUCGGGACCUGCAAGAUGUGUUGCUAUUUGUAGCCUCGGCAUUUGGAUCUGUGAAGAACUACUACAUGAAACCCAUCAUCCUCAGAUCAAGGAAGCUCUGAAUGUAAUCUGUGCUUCGUUGAAA